AUGUUAUUAAAUAAAACACAAAAAAUUCUAAUUAGUAUUAUUAUAUUUCGUUUAAUUUCUUGGUUUAUUGUACGGACAUAUUUUAUUGCUGAUGAAUAUUGGCAAACAUUUGAAAUAGCACAUUCACUUGCUUUUGGUUAUGGUUAUAAAACAUGGGAAUGGAAAUCAAAUAUUGCUAUAAGAAGUUAUCUUUAUCCAUUUAUUAUUUCAUUAAUCUAUCGAUUUUUAGCUCUAUUUCAUCUUGAUACUGCAUCAAUAUUAAUUAAUUCAGCAACAUUAUUUCAAACAUUAUUGGCUAUUAUUGGUGAUUUAGUUUAUUUAAAAUUUCUUCAAGGUCAUAAAUUAAUAUUUUUAAUUCUUUUAUGUCGAUUUUCAUGUUGGUAUACAAUGUAUUCAUCACCAAGAUUAAUUAUUAAUAAUUUAGAAGAAAUACUUUUUAUAUGUAGUCUUGCUGUUGCUAAAAAUUAUCGAUCAUCAUCUAAUAUUCUCUUUCAUUUAUUUGUUUCAUUAUCAUUUAUUAUUCGUCCAACAUCAGCUAUUCCAUUUGUUAUUAUUUAUCCAUAUUUAUUAUAUAAAACUUCAAAUCGUUUAAAAUUUCUUUUUCAAGCAUUUAUAUGUUUUAUUCUAUUAAAUAUAUUUAAUAUACUCUUAGAUAGUUAUAUGUAUAAUCAAUGGACAUUUGUACCAUUAAAUUUUUUAUAUAUAAAUUUUUUUCAUCCAAAUUCAAUAUCAUCACAUUAUGGUAUAAAUAAUAUUUUAUGGUAUUUAACAAAUGGUCUUCCAAUGAUAUUUUUUUAUCGUUUACCAUUUAUUUUUUUUGGUUCUAUAUCAAAUAAACGUUUAACAAUAAUAAUUUUAUUUACAAUAUUAAUUUAUACAUUAAAUAAACAUAAAGAAUUUCGAUUUUUAACACAAAUUUUACCAAUAUUAUUUAUAUUAGAAGCACAUGGAAUUGAUUGGUGUUUAAAAAAAUUUAAAUUAAAUAAAUUUCGUUGGAUUAUAUUUAUUUCAUUUAUUGGACAUUUAUUUAUUGGAUUUUAUUUUUCAUUAAUUGAUCGUCAAGGACAAAUAUCAGUUAUGUAUUAUUUACGAAAAAAUUUAAUUAAUAAUAAUAAUAAUAAAGAAAUUUUUUCAAUUGAUUUUCUUAUGCCAUGUCAUUCAACACCAUAUUAUAAUUUUAUUCAUCGAAAUGAUAUUCAAUUAAAUUUUUUAACAUGUGAACCAAAUUUAGAUAAUAUAACAAAUGAUUAUAUUGAUGAAGCUGAUCAAUUUUUUUUAAAACCAAUUGAAUCAUUAAAAAAUCGAUUAAAUAAUUAUAAUUCUAGUCAUUUAAUUAUGUUUGAUUUAUUAUAUAAUCAAGUAAAAGAUGUAUUAGAAGAAGAACAAUGGUUUUUUGUGAAAGAUAUUUUAUUUAAUUCACAUAUUCAACAUACAUCAAGACAUGGAAAAAUGAUUUAUAUUCUUGAAAGAAGAUAA